AGCUACUAGCAUGUGGCACGAAACCUUCGCAUACGGAUGAUUAAAAAUUAGUGUACAACACAUCACACUGCACCAGACUACUUACUUUCUCAAAAAUUUAUAUUUUUGAAAAAAACAAUGCUCGACCGCGGCGAUGAACUAUCCGUCCUGUCGGGUACCACCGCUGUGCAAGAACGGGUGUUUCGCCGGCGGGCCGCGUCAAGGCCGAGUUCUGUAUUGUCCCAGCCGGGGUCCACAUUUCGCAGAAGUAUCAUCUCGCUGGUUGUAUCAUUAGCUGCUAGUACCGCGGCCACCGGCGCGUUAGGGGCACCGGUCAGUCGUGCGGCCGAUGUUCAUCUUCGGGGGGCAAGUAAAAGCGAAGGCGGCAAGUCCCCGACGAUUACAGCGUCGCACGAAGAGGAUGGAGAAGCAAGCCCGAAGAAAGACCACGAGAAGUCGCCAGCAUCGGUUUCUGCGCGAAGUGCCGCGCAGCCGCGGCAGCUGCACCCGGGCGCCAUCGCCUACGGCCGGGCCUCGUGCGGGGUGGAGUACUCGGUCCCGCAAAAUGCGUUAGGCAUUGCAUCGCAAUUCGAACUCGUAGAUAGUAAUUGCAAGCUCGCAUGACAAAUGUUAAAUGCUUAAGCUAGUUAAAUCAGCAUUACAAAUUGCAAUUUUUGUGAUAAAAAGCGACAUUGUAAAAUGCAAUUAAUGCAGCUUAGUACGAUGGUACAAGACUUUUGCAAUGCAUACGUGUACCGCAUCAGCAACGUGAAGGAGGCCUUUUUUAUUCGUCGCGUGCAGACGUUGGAGCACCCGUACUUUUGGACCGAGUAUCAAAAGGAAAAAUCCCACCUCCCCAUAUCAAAACGAAGUGUCUCAUGCUGGAUUUGCGUAUACAAAUCGGAGCUGUCUUGCAGUAGAGGACUGCAGACAGCUGCCGUGCCUGGGUGUCGCCGACCUUCUGACGUGGGCGCUUGGCAUCACAGAUGUCUAUGCUGUAGCCCAAGCAGCAUCACAAACCGCCCGCAUAAUGCGGCGGAGACUGCAGAGCUGCCUUCUUGCAAGACAAAAAGAUGAGUGGUGACAAAUCAGCAUCACAAAUUUUCUGACGCGUACCUCUCUGAUAUCGGGAGGGGGAAUUUUUCCCUACAAUACCGAGUUCGAUGUGACGGAAACCAACCAGGACGUGUAUCUGUGUGCCUGGACGCCGGAAAUUGCCAGGUUCCGCGACCGCCUCUUUUUCAACGGUUACAUCUUCGGCCCGGGGCUGCCGUAUCAAAAGGAAAAAUCCCCCCUCCCCAUAUCGCAACAAAGUUUCUGAUUCUGGAUUUGUGUACACAAAUCCGAGCUGUCUUGCUGAACAGGACUGCAGGUCCAUAUCAAGCCUGUGUAGAGAGGUUUUGGCCUAGGCGUUUAGCAUGAAAAACGUCCGCGCUGUAGGUCCGACAGCAUGACAAACCGCCUGCACAAUGCGGCGGGGGCUGCGGAGUUGCCUUCUUGCAAGACAGACGCGAUUUGUGAACACAAAUCAGCAUCACAAAUUUCCGAAAAUCUACCUUUUCAGUGUGGGGAGGGGAGAUCUUUCCUCGCGAUAUGCCGCAGCUGACCGCCAGUCACCUGGAACGGGUCACGCGGAUGCUGAUCGAGCGGGGGACGCUCGCUCCGGAGGAGUACUACGACCAGACCGCGUGGAACACGGCCGGGAUCCUGCAGCCGAAGGACCCGUUUUACCGAACCGGGCGGUAUUUUCACGCGGCGGCCGACACGAAGCAGUGUGCGAACAUCGGGGUGCAGAAUUCGCCGGUCAUGUCCGGGUACGCGACCGACCGUGCCGACCACUACGACCCGUCCAGCAACCAGUGCAUGCAGGAACUCCCGAUGGCUAUCACACAGAAAAAAGCAGGCAGGUCAGGUUUGUAAUGCAAAAAUAAAUAGACAAAACAAUCUGUCUUGCAUGUCCUAAACAGAAUGCUAUGGCGUUGCCCAUGACAUAUUUUUCUGCGUGUUUAUUUUUGCAUAUACAAAUCUGCCCUGCCUGCUUCUUUCUGUGGGAUAAUGGCCAGCGACUACAAAGAUUUCCUGCUCCGGUCCGCCACGGUGUACGACUACUGGCUGUACAUAUGCAUUGCAAAUAUGUCUGGGUCUGGAAGGAUGCAACUUGUGAUGCUAUGUUGGAAUUCUAAAAAAAAUCUGUGUUGCAUGGCCAGCAACAGGAGUCCAGUUUUUGCCACGUGGAUAGGGCAUUUGUCAUGCAGGAUAGGCAUCAAGAAGCUGAAGCACUCAGAAAGUCUGUGAUGCUAGGACAUACAUCGCAGACGUCAUGGGUCAUGUACGGUGUGCAUGACAAAUCUUCCAAUGUUCCAGACCCAGGUGUGCAUGACAAAUCUUCCAAUGAUCCACGUAGUUCUCUUUUCUUUUCUUUCUUCAAAAUGUUAAAGUCGUUCUCUUCCCUGUGCUGUACCAAGGUCUUGUUUCCAGACAAAACACCAGACAUAUUUGCAGGUCAUGGUACAGCACCACGCACUACGUGGGGAACCCGGGAAAGUACAAGGUGGUCACCUGGUUGGUUGCGGACGAGAAUGCGGUGGCCGCCGCCGGCAGUGGCGCGUCCGCGAUCGACGUGACGGGGAUUAACGUGCUGCCCGGCUCCGAGACGGCAGCCUACAAUCGGCCCGUGGUCACAGGCAAGUACGAACUGACGAUCGGCCCGCACUUAUCCUGAGUAAAAACGUACCCACACCAGAGUCAGAGUGGGGAUUUUGCAACACAAACCUAGGUGUUUUGUGAGUCACGCAUCACAAGUUGCACUAUGCAGUGUAGUGCAGGUUAGCAAGUGCAGCCGCAUCACAGGCUCAUCUGCUCAUGCUGUUCAUAGCAUCACAAAUUCCACAACGCGAUUGGAAAUGGCUCUCAUGGGGAUGCGCAUUACGGGUCUUCCUGUCUUUGCAAAUCUGCAUUACAACUCUGGUGUGGGUACGUUUUUACUCAGGAUAGCACUCCUGGAUGCGGUACGCGAGCGAUGCAGACCUCGCGGCGACGCAGUAUGCAUUGCAAAGAGGUCGUGUCUGGGUCUGGAAAGUUGUGAUGCAAAGUUGCGGAUCACAAGCAACCUCCAAUUAUAUGAGGAUGCGCAUGACAGGUUUCCGGGCGACUAGGUCUUGCGUAAGCUGCAUGAGAAGCUGCUGCUCCGUUUUUGCAUUACAAAAAAAACAGUGCGGUACUAGCGCAACAUGCAUGACAGAUCUUUUUCUCCUCUCAGCAGAGCAUGACAAGUUUUGCAAUCUCCCAGACCCAGAGACAUCUUUGCAUUCGAUACGCAGUCGCAGGGCACGACGUGCUCCUGCAGCGUGAACGCGCUGGACUGGCAGGAGCAACACGUCAGCCGUUUGGGCAUGUUCGGGCGCACCUUCUGGGAGCAGCAGCUGCCGUUUGCCUGGCUGGCCGCCGUGCCGGCGCUCGACGCGGUAUGUGUUGCAAAUAUGCCUGGGUCUGGAAGGUUGCAGCUUGUGAUGCGCGUUGCGGAUCAUACCAAAAUCUGUAUUGCAUAACAUGCAAAAGGUGUCCAUUUAUGGCCAUGCUGAGAGGGCACUUCUCAUGCAGAAUAGGCAUCACCAAGCGCCUGGGAAACGUGUGAUGCUAAGCCCCGCAUUCCAGACUUGGUGCAGCUUGGAAAACGGCAUGACAAGUCGCGACAUCUUCCAGACCGAGACAUAUUUGCAUUUGAUACGCGGGGCUGCCCGCCAAACUGCCGGCCUCGCCCAGCACCGCGGGCGGCACGCACACGGACGACCUCCGGUUUUUGCCGAAGGGCGCGAAGCUCGAGGAGCGCCUGGCCGCCCUACUCGCGCUCCCGCCGGUGACGCCGGCCUACAGCUACAACGCACUGUACCGCGCGCCCUGGAAGCAUAUCAAAUGCAAAUAUGUCUGGGUCUGGAAGGUUGUAUCUUGUGAUGUUGUCUCUGGAUUCUGAAAAAACUUGUAUUUCAUGACCAGCAAGAGGACUCCAGUUUGUGCUACGCGGAGAGGGCAUUUCUCAUGCUGUAGAGGUAUCGCAAGGCGCUCUAAAAAUCUGUGAUGCUACGGCAUGCAUCACAGACAUCAUGGGUCAUGGAAAAUAUGCAUGACAAAUCUAGAAAUCUUCCAGACCCAGACCCUGCGCUGUGCCAUGGUCUUGCUUCCAGACAAAACACCCGACAUUUUUGCAUUUGAUAAAGCACCAGGAGCACGGCCUCGCCGGGGUCGCCACCGGGUUCGCGGACGCAAAUCUCGGCGUCCCGGUAUUACAAUGAAAAGUGCCCCCACUCCGGAAUUUGCAAAAGUUUCUCAUGCAAAGUUUCCAAAUGAAAGGCUUUUGUCUUGCAUGAAAGGAGCGCAAGCAUUUCUGAUGCAGAAUCUAGGGGCGCAAGGUAUCUUUUGCAUCAGAGAUCCGCCUGCUGUUGGGCUCCUUUGCAUCACAAAUUUGCGCUAUUCAGCAUGGAAAAUUUGCGAUGCUGAUAAAGGCAAGAGGGCGAAUGUUUCAUUUUGGAAGGGUUUGCAAUACAAAUGCUCCUAAGUUCGGGGGUGGGGGGAUUUUUCCUUACGAUACCCGGUCCGGAGCAGUGCGUGCAUCACCAAACCCAAGAUGGCCAGCCUGCCCAGCUCCGGAAAGAAUCUGGACCUCAUCUAUCACCUGCUCAGCUGUUUUUACAAUCUCAAGCGUUAAACCCGGAAUUAUUUGUCUUGCAUGACAAGCAUGACAGAAUCGCAAACUGUUCCACUUUCUGCAAUACCAAUUUCGGUAGAUUCUAGUGCGGCUUGGGACGACCACUCCAGGACCUGUCAUGCGCAGUUCUAUGCAGGAGUAGGCUGGAGCAUGCACUUCUUGCAUCACAGAUUUCAUCCAUAUUCUAUUGUAACGUGUGAGAUUGUAGCAGCUGCGCAGGCUAUAUCAUCGAGUGGUCCGGGGUCUUUCAGCUGGAGUACGGAAAGACGUACUUUUGGAACUGGCACGGGUACUAUGACAGUGCACAACUCCCCCUCCCCCUCAUUUGUAUAGCGUGAACGGCAAUACGAGCGUCAGCAAGAGUCGUGCUGGUUUCGCAUGAAAAAUUGGCACUGGAGGGUAGUGCUCUUUGGGCUAAACUUGUCAUGCAAACAGUGUCGAGAGGCAAAGGGUGGAUUGGGUAUUUUGCAUGACAAGUGAGGGGGAGGGGGAGUUGUGCACUGUCAGAGGUGCCGCGAACUUGCGGAAUCCUCGUUCCGGUACCCGGACGCCGCGGUGGAUGUGUUGUUGGUGCGGGAGCCGCAGUAUGCAUUGCAAAUAUGUCUGGGUCCUCUGGAAGCGUGACAGCUUGUCAUGCAGAUUUUCCAUGACCCAUGAGGUCUGGAAUGCAGGGCCUGGCAUGACAGAUUCUUUGAGAUGAUCUCUAGCAUGCCUGUCGUGCAUGAGAAACUCCCUCCCAACUUGGUCAAAAGUGGACAACUGUUGGCAGUCAUGCAACACAGAUUGCUACAGGGUGUAGACUUAGCAUCACAAGUUAAUACUGUCUUGCAGAGGACCCAGACAUAUUUGCAAUGCAUACGCAGCUCUCCUGCGUGACCGCCGACCACUCCGCGACCACCCUACUAUCCGACACGCAGCAGGCUUACCUCGGGCAGGUCACCACCAGCGCGCGGGCGGGGGCUAUCCCGUGUAAAAACAUCCCCACCUCCCCAGAGUUGUCAUGCAAUUCUGCAUGCCAAAAAAGUUUCUCACGCGGAGCCCUAUGAGAAGCAUUUUCUAUUUUUCGUGUUUUGGGAUUUGUGAUGCUAGGAUCAGCAUGCUAUGCUAGAUCUCUGAUGCUUCUGAGCUAGCUAAACAGGACGACAACUCUACGAGGACAAACUUGCCAUGCCAAACAACCAAUGCUGUGUGAUUUGUCUAGCAGAUUUCCCAUCUGGACUCUCUGGUGUCGGGACGUUUUUAAUCAGGAUAGGCGCCACGCAGUCCUUCGUGCAGGAGCUCGGGGACGCGGUGUCCACCCCGCCGAAUAACCUGAAGGACGUGUCUCCGGACUUUGCCGCCGCCGGCUUCGACGGCAGCGCGGUGUCGAAACAGUAUUGCAGUGAAAAACGCCCCCACGCCAGAAAUUGCGAGCAUUUGUAUUGCAAACCUUUCCAUUGGAAACACUCUCCGUCUUGCAUAUAUCAGCAUCAGAAAUUUUCCAUGCUCAAUAGCUCAUCAAAUUUGUGUUGCAAAGAAGCCCAACAGCAGUCGAAUCUGUGAUGCAAAAGAUACCUUGCGCACCUGAAUUCUGCAUCAAGAGGGGUCGCCGUCCUUUCAUGCAAGACAAACAGCUUUCAUUUGGAAACUUUGCAUGAGAAACUUUCGCAAAUUUCGGGGUGGGGGCAUUUUUCAUUGUAAGAAACAGGACGGGGACUUCUUGGACUUCGAGCGGACACAGCGGGUGUACCUAAAUUCCACGCUGAAACGAAGCCACGCGGAAAUGAACGGCGGCGCGCGGGCGUAUCAAAUGCAAAUACGAUUGGGUCCUCCGGAAGAAAAUGGAUACAACCGGUCAUCAUGCGGUUUUUGCAUUUGCGACAAGGUCGUGUGGAAUGUGCACAGAGCAUGACAAAUUCAUCUGCGGAGGCUUAUUUUCCAUGCCUAGUCAUCUGCAUUGGAAUUUAUGCUCUUUCCAGUUCUUCCACACGGGUCGGGCAACAUCUUUUGCUCUCUGUGCAAGAGCACAGACUUAUUUCGCCGUAAUAUUUAUUUUCCAGAAUGAGAAUCCGCACCACAAGUUGGCCGCAUCCUUCCAGUGACCCAGAUCGACGAGAUUUGCAAUGGAUAGGGCGCUGGACGUGUGGACGCAGACGAUGGAUGGGGCCGUUUCGCCCGCGCAGCCCAGCUACGCGACGCAGCAGGCGGCGAUGGAGGGAACGAACCAGUGGCAUUUCAGCGCGGUGGACACGACCGUGAAGAUUUUUCAGGCUGCGCCCGCGCCCCUGCUAUCAAAUGCAAAUAUGUCUGGGUCUGGAACUUUGCUAGACUUGUCAUGCAGGUUUCCAUGACCCAUAUGAUAUGUAAUGGAGGACCUAGCGUGACAGACUCCGUGAGAUGAUCACUAUCAUGCCUAUCCUGCAUGAGAAACUGCCUCUCAACUUGAUCAAAAGUGGACAGCAUUUGGUAAUCAUGCAGCACAGAUUUUUGCAUGAUUCAGAUUUAGCAUGACAAGUUCCAACCUUCCAGACCCAGAGAUAUUUGCAGUGGAUACCUGCUCUCGCACUACUACUUUCUCUCCGUGUACACGCAGCACCGGCCGGAGGAGUUCGUGGUAUGAGAAUGCACAGCUCUCGUCCCUCUCCCUUGUUUGUAAUGCAAAACGCCCAGUCCACAUGCUGCGCCUAGGCAGUGUCGGCAUGCCAAACUUUGGAACCUCAGACAGUACUACAAUCCAUCGGUGUGCAGACUUGUCAUGCGGAACCCACAUAGCUGUCGUUGCUUGUCUUGCUGUUCUUGCCAUGCAAAUGGGGGGAGGAGGAGUUGUGCACUUUCAUACGUGGGGGCCUACCUGCAGGAGGUGGACUCCGACCUGGUGGUGCGGAAGUACGUGUUCCCCACCGCCGAACAGGUGUACGCGGGCGACGGGACCAGCCCCCGCGGUGGCGACAUGUACAGCAACACGCUGCAGAACCAGGCGUGCGACCGCCGCCUGGACGAGCCCCUGCCCAAUACCACGACCACCACCACCACCACGACCACCACCCUGCCAACCGGCGCGGCCGCACAUGGCCAGGCGUUUGCCGGGAUCGUCGCCUCGCUUCUCAUCUCUUACACGGUCGCGGCGCUUUUGUGA